AUGUCUGAAGGAAAAGCAGUUGGCAUUGACUUGGGAACUGUCUAUUCUUGUAUUGGUGUAUGGCAAAAUGAUAGAGUUGAAAUUAUUGCCAAUGACCAGGGUAAUCACACAACACCUUCAUAUGUAGCAUUUACUGAUACUGAACGUUUAAUUGGUGACGCUGCAAAAAAUCAAGUUGCUAUGAAUCCACAUAAUACUGUUUUUGAUGCUAAACGUCUUAUUGGUCGUCGUUUCAAUGAACAAGAAGUUCAAUCUGAUAUGAAGCAUUGGCCAUUCAAAGUUAUUGAUAAAAAUACUAAACCAUAUAUCCAAGUUGAAUAUAAAGGUGAAAUUAAACAAUUUACUCCAGAAGAAAUUUCAUCAAUGGUAUUAAGAAAAUUGAGGGGGAUUGCUGAAGCUUUUCUUGGUACAAGAGUAACAAAUGCAGUUGUUACAGUACCUGCCUAUUUCAACAAUUAUCAAUGUCAAGCAACAAGGGAUGCCAGUAUGAUUGCUGGAUUGAAUGUGCUUCGUAUAAUCAAUGAACCCACAGCUGCUGCUAUUGCAUAUGGUUUGGAUAAUAAAAGAAUAGGGGAACAUAUUGCAUUGAUUUUUGAUUGGGGUGGAGGUACCUGUAAUGUCUCAUUGUUGACAAUUGAAGAUAGUAUUUUUGAAGUCAAGGCCACUGCUGGUGACACCCAUCUUGGUGGUGAAGAUCUUAAUAAUCGUCUAGUAAAUCAUUUUGUUCAGGAAUUCAAACGUAAAUUCAAAAAAGAUCUUACCACAAAUGCCAGAGCACUUUGUCGUCUCAGGAUAGCUUGUGAACGUGCCAAACGUACACUUUCAGCAUCAGCACAAACAUCCAUUGAGAUUGAUUCACUUUUUGAAGGCAUUGAUUUCUACACAUCUAUAACUCGUGCCAGGUUUGAAGAAUUGAAUCAAGAUUUGUUCUGUUCCAUCAUGGAACCAGUUGAAAAGGUGCUUCGUGAUUCAAAAAUUGAUAAAACCCAAGUACAUGAUAUUGUGUUGGUUGGUGGAUCUACUCGUAUUCCAAAAAUUCAAAAAUUAUUAUCAGACUUUUUUGAUGGCAAAGAACUCAACAAGUCCAUAAAUCCUGAUGAAGCUGUUGCAUAUGGUGCAGCUGUGCAAGCAGCCAUUUAUACUGGUGGUGACAGAUCUGAAAAAUUACAAGAUCUUCUUUUACUUGAUGUUGCUUCAUUUUCACUUGGUAUUGAAACAGCUGGUGGUGUAAUGACACCCCUAAUAAAACGUAAUACCACCAUUCCAACUAAAAAAUCAGAAAUAUUUUCUACCUAUUCUGAUGAUCAAACAGAAUUUAUUAUUAAAGUGUAUGAAGGUGAACGUACUCGUACCAAAGAUAACAAUUUAUUGGGUGAAUUUGUAUUAGCUGGUAUUCCACCAGCUCCACGUGGUGUACCUCAAAUUGAAGUCACUUUUGAAUUUUAUAGCCAUAGUAUUUUUAAUGUAUCUGCUGUUGAUAAAACUACAGGUAGAUCUAAUAUGAUCGCAAUUACUAAUUAUAAAAAGAGAUUAUCAAGAGAAGAAAUUGAGCAAAUGGAUGAUGAAAAAGUGGCUCAAAGAAUAGCAGCACGUAAUGAAUUGGAAAGUUAUGCAUAUAAUUUACAUAACACACUUCAGGAUAAAGAAAUUUCAAUCAAGAUUGAUCCAGAUGAUAAAAAGGAACUUGAAGAUGCAAUCCAAAAUUCAAUCAGAUGGUUUGACAAUAAUCAAGAAGCAGAAAGAUAUCAAUAUGAAGAUAGAAAGCAACUACUUGAAGAAACUGCUAAUCCAAUAAUGAUGAAACUUUACUCACAAAGAAAUUUCAAUGG